AUGGUGACUGAUACUCAGUUUGCUGAUGAAGCUGGGUUUAAUAUGAUUGAAAAUUCUGUUGUUUCAGUGUAUGAUGAUUUUAUUAAGAAUCAUCCAAGAAAAACUGUGAAAUCAUUGAAUGAAACGAUUGAGGAUGGAGAUUUUGUUGUUCGAGCGAAGAUAGUUACACUUUUGGAAGAUGAGAGCUGGUGGUACCUAGCUUGCAAGUGCUAUCGUGCAGUUAUGAAUGAGAAUGGGCAUUAUUACUGUUCUGGCUGCUUUAGACUUGUUAAUUAUGUUGCUCCUAGGUUUAGGAUUAAGCUACAAGUCUCUGAUGGGGUAGAUUCUGCUGAUUUUGUGAUGCCCGAUUCAAUUGCUGAAAAUCUGCUAAAGAAAACAUGUAGUCAGAUGCUAAAUGAAGUUGAGGAUCCGAACUGCACUCGUGCUACCACUGUUAUGCAGGAAGGGUUGGUUGGAAGGGAUUUGCUAUUUAAGGUUGAGAAGAAUUUGGUUAAUGUGUACAAAUUUGAGGAUCCAUAUACUGUGAAACGUGUUUGUGAUGAUUUUGAUCUUAUGGAAGUGUUUAUGGCAAAUUCAUCUGUUGAGACUCCCAUUAUGGCAAAGUUCCCCAGUUCAUUUUCUGAGUUGAACCUUGAUGAUUAUGAGAUAGCUAUGGAGUUAUUGGGAAGCCCUCCUGAUUUAGUGGUCCCUGUGAUUGUGAAGCCAGCUAUUGAAAGGAGCACUACAGAAUAUGGUGGUUGCUCAAAAUCAUUCAAGAGAAAGCUAGAGGAUGAAUUUGUUGUGGAGGAAGAAUUUCAGAAUGUGAAGUUUAAGGAGUGCAAGUAUGGAACAGAUUAG